UCUCACACUGUCACCUACCCGUGGUGCUUAAAGAUCGAAGGAAACAGGAGCUUAAGCCAAAGCAAAAUAGGUUCAUUGUGCCAUCGACACUGCAGGAAAUGGAACUUCUAAUUCGCCCCAUUUUGCUUAAAAAAACAGAGUCUAGCCCAAAGCGAAAAGAUAAUCAAAUAUAAGCCCAAGAAGAAAGAAGCCCUUUCUUAAGCUGGUGAAUUUCAUGCUUUCAUGUUGGAUUCACCAAAAGGCCCAAGAUCAAGGCCAACGAAGCAGUGUUUCAGUUCCACCCGAAGCUGGUUUGUUUUAAGUCUUUGGUUCAACAUGGACGGAUCAUCUAUAUGCAGGACUAGCCCCAAAAGAUUCAAAGUCAAAGCCACAUGGCUCUGAUCAAACACUCAAAGCCAAUUUUGUUUAAAUCCAUUCAUAUUAGAUUUCUAAAGCUAAUGGGAGCAGUUUUCUUGUAAUGACAGAUCACGUAACUAUUAGAUUUCUUUUCUUUCAUUUCAUCUCUUUCCUGUAAAUUUCUUGCACUUUUGUGUGUUUAUUUUUUUCCCGUUUUAGUACUACAAAAUCGACUACUUGAGCAAACCAUCCCCACCCUUUCAUUUGUAUGGAACUUUCAUGGGCAUCCCCACAGUCAUGGAUGAUUCUUUCUUCAAUUUUUUUUUGUGUUUUGUUGAUACAAUGUUUCAUGGGCAUCUUAGCUGUUAUAACUGCAGCAAACCUCACCACAGAUCAAUACGCAUUGCUCGAAUUCAAAGACAGCCUUAAUCCCGACACCGUAUUAGCAAACAAUUGGACCAGCUCUACCUCUGUUUGCAACUGGGUUGGUGUUUCAUGCAGUUCUAAUCCUGAACGAGUCACCUCCUUAAAUCUUUGCAGCAUGAAUCUUACAGGAACCAUUUCUCCGCACCUUGGGGACCUUUCUUCUCUCCUCUCUCUCGACUUGAGCGGCAACAAGCUUAACGGCUAUCUACCUUCGACGAUUUACAACUUGUCUUCUUUGCAAAUCAUGGACUUAACUUCUAAUGGACUAUCUGGUGAUUUCCCAGAUGACCUUUGUACUUACUUUCCCAAGCUUGAGGUUCUUCAUUUGGCUUUCAAUGGGUUUUCUGGAAGUGUUCCUUCAAGUUUAGGUGACUGUACCAAUCUUCAAAAUUUGUCGUUGUCUAAUAAUAGAUUCAAUGGAUUCAUUCCAAGAAGUAUUGGUAAUUUAACUAGGCUGAAAGAAAUACACCUGGGUGGAAAUAGAUUACGAGGUGAAAUCCCAUGGGAAAUAGGUAAUCUUUUUAAUUUGGAGAUAUUUGCUGCAGAAAAUAACAGGGGGCUUACUGGUGGGAUUCCAUCUUCCAUAUUUAACAUUUCUUCAUUGACAAAACUUCUUCUCUUCAACAAUAGUCUAUCCGGUGGUUUACCAGAUAACGUGUGUAAUCAUCUUUCCAAACUUGAGGGGCUUCAUUUGUCUUUGAAUAGAUUUUCUGGUCAUAUUCCAUCAAGUAUAGGUGGAUGUAGCAAUCUUCAGGAUUUAUCACUGUCAACUAAUCAAUUCAAUGGAACCAUUCCAAGAGGUAUUGGAAAUUUGACUAGCCUCAAACGACUGUCUCUGCGUGAAAAUGAUCUAACAGGGGAAAUCCCAUGGGAAAUUGGAAAUCUCUAUUCAUUGGAGAUAUUUGCUGCACAGCAUAUGCGUCUAACUGGUUCCAUCCCACCUUCCAUCUUCAACAUAUCUUCUUUAAAAGAAAUUUCUCUGCACAACAAUAGUCUAUCCGGUGAAAUACCUUCUAUGAUCUCAAUUACAAAUCUUGAGCUGCUUAGACUAUGGGGAAAUAAUCUCAGCGGCAAUAUUCCAAAUUUUAUCUCCAAUGCUUCUAAGCUCACAACCUUAUCACUACAAGAAAACUCAUUCUCUGGUCUUAUCCCGAAUACACUUGGCAAUUUAAGAUUCCUAGAGCGGCUGAGCCUCGCAUCUAAUAAUUUGAUCACUGAAACUUCAACACAUGAGUGGAGCUUUCUGUCUUCUUUGGCAAAUUGCAGGAAUCUGAGAUAUUUGAACCUAUCAUCCAAUCCAUUGAAUGGCAUUCUUCCAGGUUCUAUCUCAAAUCUGUCUACAUCUCUUCAGUUUUUCUAUGCCUCAGGUGUCAAAAUUACAGGUAACAUUCCCAGGGAAAUUGGUAACUUAAGCAAUAUUACAACUUUAGACCUCUCCCAUAAUGAAUUGAGUGGAUCUAUUCGAGCACCAAUAGGAAGGCUACGAAAUGUGCAGGGGUUGUAUCUUGAUGGUAAUCAAUUACAAGGGUCUAUCCCACCAAGUGUCUGCGGUUUAGGGAGAUUACAUACCCUAUCAUUAGGUGGCAACAUGCUUCAUGGUCCUAUACCAACUUGUUUGGCGAAUUUGACUUCUUUGAGGUAUCUUCACUUAGACUCCAACAAAUUGAAUUCCAUAAUACCCUUAACCUUGUGGAGCCUUAAUAAUAUCUUACUGGUAGACUUGUCCUCAAAUUAUCUGAAUGGUUCCCUUCCAUCGGGCAUUCAGAAACUGAAGGUAUUGACACAUUUGAAUUUGUCAAGGAAUCUGUUAUCGGGUGAAAUCUGGAGUUCAAUUGGAGAACUCCAGGAUCUGAUUUCUCUAGACUUAUCUAAUAAUAGAUUUGAUGGUUAUAUUCCUGAAUCAUUUGGUGAUUUGAUAAGUUUGAAAUCCUUGGAUUUAUCCAACAACGAUCUCUAUGGAGUCAUUCCCAAAUCUUUGGAGAAACUUUCCUUUCUUAAUCAUUUUAAUGUGUCUUUCAAUAGACUAGAAGGAGAAAUCCCCAUAGGAGGACCCUUUAGAAACUUCUCAGCUAAAUCAUUUAUGAAGAACUAUGGACUCUGCGGUUCACCUGUACUACAAGUUCCGCCUUGCAAAAGUAGACAAUCAAAGAUGACUCCUUGGCAUGUUUUCAAAUAUGUUCUACCAGUAGUUACUUCAAUAACACUGAUGGCAGCCGUCUUUAUUCUCCAUAAAAGAUGCCGAAGAAGGAAUAUAAAUUUGCCAGUUAAUGAUGAUUUAUUGCCUCUGAAAAAAUGGAGAAGAAUUUCCUAUAGUGAACUUUUACAAGCAACUAAUGAAUUUGAUGAAUGCAACUUGCUUGGUUCAGGGGGCUUUGGGUCUGUGUAUAGAGGAACACUUUCAGAUGGGAUGAAUGUUGCAAUAAAAGUGUUCAAUAUGCACUUAGAGGGCAGAUUCAAGAGUUUUGAUGUUGAAUGUGAAGCAAUGCGCAAUAUUUUUCAUCGCAAUCUUGUCAAGGUCAUUAGUAGUUGCUCUAAUGUAGACUUCAAAGCCUUAAUUUUUGAGUUCAUGCCUAAUGGGAGCCUUGAGAAAUGGUUAUAUUUCUCUAACUAUUUUCUCAAUCUCCUACAAAGAAUUGACAUAAUGAUUGAUGUUGCGUCAGCACUAGAAUACCUCCAUUUUGGCUGCUCAGUACCUGUGAUCCAUUGUGACUUAAAGCCAAGUAAUAUCCUGCUAGAUAAAGACAUGGUUGCACAUGUUGGAGAUUUUGGCCUUGCCAAACUCAUGGGAGAAGAAGAUUCCAUGAGACAAACUAAGACACUUGCCACUAUUGGGUAUAUGGCACCAGAAUAUGGAUCGAGCGGAAUUGUUUCUCCAAAAGGUGAUGUCUAUAGUUAUGGUAUUUUAUUGAUGGAAACUUUCACAAGAAAGAAACCUACAGAUGAAAUUUUCUCCGGUGAAAUGAGUCUGAUGGAUUGGGUAAAAAGGUCACUUUCUAAUGGAACAAUUGAUGAUGUUUUGGAUGCCAAUUUGUUAAGAGAGGAGGAACAUUUCAUAGAUAAAGUGAACGUUUUAUCAUCUAUCAUGGGAUUAGCUCUGGAGUGUACAGCUGAGUUGCCUAAAGAAAGGAAAAACAUGAAGGAUGUUGUGGCCAUACUCAAGAAAAUCAAAAGUAAGUUUCUAAAGGAUGUUGAGCUGGCUUAUAAUGGAGAAGGAAAAAUUGGUGAGAGGAACUGUAUGUUUGGUGAUGACUAUCAAGCCUUUACAAUUACUGAUGUGGCAGUAUGUGAAUACAAUAGAUAGUCUUCACACAAGCUCUGUUUAUUGCUCUACACUGGUUUAGUUUUCUAAACUUCAAGCUAUACAUGGAUUUGUUCUUUGCAAACUUCUUUGCAAUGGACUGGCAACUCGGAAUCUCCAAAAGAGAAUCAUUAAGCAGUGGGGUUCCUGGCAAAAUGUAAAAGAGGCUUCCAAUAAAUUGAACGUUCAGAUCUGCUAGUGGUGGAAGUAAAACUUGACAGUCAACACAUCACAAAGUAGUUUCAAGAUCAAAUCCUCUUGCCCCAACUAUCCCAAGGAAACAAAUUAAAACCUGUUAGCCGCAAAGUUUCCGCGGUGAGAGUUAAUGUGACUACAAAGUUUGAAAGUACUGAUUUCUGGUAGGCUCAUUAAUCUUCUAGGCAGUUUGGCAUGGAAGAGGCUUAUUAAGCUCAAGUGGCAAAGUCCUUAAUGAUGGAACCAAUUUACUGGUGGUUAAAUGGUUAACUUCCAAGUCUGGAAAGUAUUCUACUUCAGAUUUCAGAAACUUAUACUGCUAUUUGCCAUCAGCAGCCCCAGGUGGACUGGGACAGGCUUCUAUGGUUUCAGGAUAACAUCACAAACAUGCCCUCAUUGCAUGGAUGGAUAUACUGGAUAGACGUCCACCAUUGCAGAGGCCUUCUACAUGGAGUCCCCAUUGAUAGCUGUUCGUGCUUUUCUAGUGGCCAUGCUAAUGAGGACAGAGAUCAUCUUUUCUUUACUUGCCUUGCCCAUAUACCAAGCAGAUUUCAGACAAAAUUUUGAGGGUGCUCUCAUGUUGACAGGCCUGCUGGUGACUGGUCUGAGGAAUUCAACUGGGCCAAGGAGUUGAAAGGCAAAUUUCUCUUGGUGAUUGUUCUUAAGCUUGCCUAGAAUGCCUAAAUCAACCAUGUCUGGAUUGAUAGAAGCAAUAAAAGUAUGGGAAGGCAUCUGCUGCUAACGAUGUUUUCCAGAUCCAUUUUCGACUCAGCCAGGUUCAGAUUACAUAGCUUACCCCGGGGGAUCAAAGAUAGGAAUGCUACCCUCUGUACUAAUUGUAGAAUUUCUGACGCUUAUUUGUAAUUGUUUCAUUUUUCUGUAUAGUUGCUGUAUAGUACAAUUCUUUUCUAGCAGGUUCUCUUCCUGCAUUCGUGGAUAAAUAAAAUAUUUUGCAUUUAACUCAAAAA